GAGAGAGAGAGAGAGAGAGAGAGAGAGAUCUUAGCUGCAAGGAACACAACGAGUCUCCUGGAGGGGACGGGCAUGUAAUAAAUUCCAACAAUCCAUUUAUAAUUGGGCAAACAUGGGAACAGGGGAAUUAAUCAAAUAACAGAAAAAAAAUCAAGAAGGACGAUCUUCCGUCUGGAAGGGGAGAAUCUGCAGAUCUCGGAAAACAGGUGAUGCGCUGGACAGAUCAUGUCUGAGGUACAAGGAACUGUUGAGUUCUCAGUUGAGCUGCACAAGUUCUACAAUGUGGAUCUCUUUCAGCGAGGAUAUUACCAGGUGCGUACAGCACUGAAAAUCCCACCCCGAAUUCCUCACAGGUUGACAGCAACACUUAUAGGACCCACAGGAGAUUCAGCCACUAAUCCACCCUUCAUCCAUGACAACACAGUUUACAGUAAAAUAUUUCAGAUCCUGUACAGAAAUGAGGAGAUUGUGGUGAACAGUUCCAGUCUCUUCAGAGUUCACCUCCUAUUGGAUGGAGAAAGGGUGGAAGAGGCAUUGAAUGAAGUGGACUUCCAGCUGAAGCUCGAUCUACAUUUCACAGACUCUGAACAGCAAUUAAGUGAUGUUGCAGGAAUCCCUUUGAUCAGUAGCCGAAGACUGAGUCUUCACUUCCAUCCGAGGAGGGGACUACACCAUCAUGUACCCGUCAUGUUUGACUACUUCCACCUCUCGGUCAUAUCCGUUACUGUGCAUGCGUCACUUGUUGCUUUGCACCAACCUUUGAUAAGUUUCCCUCGCCUAGGUAAAGGCUCAUGGCUUAGUAAAGGUGGUCAGGAGACAGAACCAGAUAUAUCAAAUCUAACUCUUGAAAACCUGGUGCUUGGACCCAGCUAUUACAAGCAGCUUACAGUUGAGGGGAACAAUACUGUCACCUCUGAGAGUUGCCUACAGCAAGCAUACCAGUGGCACAAAAACCUGUGCCGAAUCCUACUCUCUGCAUACAAAGGUCUCCUCUGUUAUUUCAGUACAAUAAUGAAACAGGUCCCAGAAGUGCAUCAGAUUCAGCUGGAGGACUGUCUUAUAGAUGAGACACUGUCACAGCUUUGUGUUAACCUACAGAUGUUUAGCAGUCCAGAUAAAGUGGCAGAACAGAUCAGCAAGGAUCUGCAGCAGCUCUGUUCCUGCCUUGUUGCUCUGUGGAACCAGUUCCGGGUCAGCACGACUCUUCAGGAAGAUGUGACAGCUUUCUUACGCCAGGACCAUCACAGUCUGAGGGUAAGAAGAUUCUCAGAGGCCUUCUUCUACAUGGAACACCAGAAACAGAUGGCACUUACAUUCCAGGAACACAUAAUCCAAAGUCACAGUCAGAUCGCAGCAGCUGUCCGAAAUUCAUCCUACCUCACUAGAAUGCCUCCAUUGCCUAUUGAGUGUCUGGACAUAGAUGGAGACUGGAGUAAUCUUCCUAUUAUAUUUGAAGACCGAUAUGAGGAAUCCAUUUCCAAAGCAAAUCACAAAUUUGACAAUGGCACAUCCAACAAGGAAAUGGAAACUAAGCUUAACCAUGUAUUGGACACUCAGAUUUCAGAGUUUGCAAGUUUACCAGCCGGAGUGAAACAGUACCAGCAAGUGCAAAAUAGUUGCUCUUCCUCUGAAACCUUCAAAAUGCUUGUGACAAGCAUGCCCAGCUCACAAGCUUUGAAUGAAACUGUUUCCUUGGAAACGAUGCACAACUGUGUUGAUCUGGCUGCAUUUGUCAGCCAAGAAUACGAUGAACUCAGUGAGAUUGAAGUCAAAAGCAUUCGGAGCUUAGAAGUGGACAGAUUUGUUGGACAAAGUCAAGGGGAUCUCUCAACAAUCUAUGAACAUCAAACUGAAUCCCUCAGAUUGAAUGGAAUCUCAAUAGGUUCUGACCAACAAGAAAUGGUUCCUGAAUCUGAUAGUGCAGCAGUAGUCAAACAAGCUGGAUCAGAUUUAGAUUUGACAGAUAUAGAACUAAAACACAGCAACAAGGAUCUUUAUCAUGGAAACAUUGUGUUAGGAGUUUGUUCUCCAAAUAAUACAGAUACAAAUGAAUCGUCUCUAUCUAAUGACUGUGAAGAUAGUGAAAAGGAGGAACUGUUGCAUUCUGUAAUGAGCUCUGAACAUGUAGACAGUGAGUCUGUCGAGCAAGACUCUGUGAAAAGAAAAAUCGAGAAUGCUGACUAUCCCAAUAUUUAUGGGGUUAUGAAGCGGUCUCUUUCAAUUAUAUCUGACUCUGGCAUAGAGAGUGAGCCCAGUUCUGUGGCUUGGCCUGAGAUGCGCAAACCUCUGGAUUCAUCGAAUGACCGAGACCUCAUGCAAGAGAUAGUCAGAGCACAGGCAAUACACAGGAAUUCCCUAGAGGGUGGUCACACUGAAAGUGGCACUAGUCUGCCAAGUGGCAUUCAAGCUUCUUUAACAUCAAUCAGUUCAUUGCCUUUUGAAGAUGAAGAGGAGAUAGAACUCAGCAAAUUAACAAAAUCUCUCUCGGCCCCGCAGAUUAGCAGCUCUGAUGAGUUGGAUGAAACUCCCAACUCUCUGGUGCAGAACCGAACAGUAGAUAAAAGUGGCUGGGUCAGUGGGCAUCCCUCAGAAAAGACAGAGGAAGGCAACGAUGAAAUGGAUGCAAUUCAAGGAGAUGUUUUUGAUUCCCCUGCAGAUAAAGAAAUCCUACAAACAAGCUUAGAAGAAUCAGUGCAGAACGAUGCUUAUGCAAAGGCUGCUGAGAAAAACUCCAAUGAUGCAGGUGAAAAUCAGUGGAUAUCCUGUGAAGUGAAUGAUUGCCACCAUUGUGCAGAUGCACUUGAUGCUACGAGCCCUAAGGACAGCACAGACCAUACCAUUGAAGAGCUUCUGUGCAAGAAGGUGGAUUUCAGUGAGUUAUUAGGUAGAAGUAGUAACGCACAUGACCCUAACAGUCACACAGAGGAGAUUAAACACUCCCUACCUCCCCUUUCUGAUGAGGUCCAGAAUGGCCAGCCUGGUUCAUUUGACACCAUGCUACCAGAUGGGGAAUUUGUACCAGACAAUAUUGGCGAGGUAUCCACAUAUGAAAUGGCCACACAGUCUGAGUCAACAGAAGCUUUGGAACCAACCACAGCUCCUUUCAGUGAAGUGGUUUUGAAUGAGAGGCUUUGUCACGAAGAGCUCCCAUGCCUACGGGAAGGAAAAAUGGAAUCUGCAGUUAACAAUAAUCAGCACUGUGACAGUCUCGCCCAGCAACUUGAUGAGUUUGGAGGAGAAGUGCAACCCAUCGGUAACAGCGAAUGUGAACUUGAGCCCCUCGUUGAUGGUGCAACUCCCUCCGGAGCUGCUGGCUCAGGCAUGGUGUUUGAGAAAAGGAACAUGGUUGAGGUUGUGAAUCUCUCUGUUUCAUGUACAGCUACGUGUCUGCCAUUUUCUUCCAUGCUCAGGGAUUCUCCAGUUGCCUUUCCUUCCAAGCAGGUGGCGUCACCCAUCACGAGACAGCCCAUGGGCUCCUUUGGAGUUGUGCCGGCUAAUUCACAGGACAACGAUGAAGAAACCAAUGAGAGAAUGGUAAGUUUUGUGCAGGCCAAAAUUGAGUUGAUAAAGGGACUGAAGUUUGAAGGCAUGCUGUACAGCGACCUGCCAUUUCUGGCUUCUGAUGUUCCAUACUUCACCCCAGAAGAAGAGGAAGAGAAUUUUGAGGAGGGAAUCCACCUAGUGGUCUGUGUUCAUGGAUUGGACGGUAACAGUGCAGAUCUACGACUUGUCAAGACGUUUAUUGAACUGGGGCUUCCUGGUGCCAAGCUCGAUUUCUUAAUGUCUGAAAGGAAUCAGAGUGAUACCUUUGCUGAUUUUGAUACAAUGACGGAUCGACUCUUGGACGAGAUUGUUCAACACAUCCACCUCUACAAUCUGACGAUAUCCAGGAUAAGUUUCAUUGGCCACUCACUGGGCAACAUCAUCAUCCGCUCCGUGCUGACACGACCAAGAUUUCGGUGUUACCUCAACAAGCUGCAUACGUUCCUAUCGCUGUCUGGGCCACAUCUGGGAACAUUAUAUAAUAACAGCACACUGGUUAGCACAGGCCUCUGGCUCAUGCAGAAACUGAAAAAGUCGAGCUCACUGUUACAACUAACCUUCAAGGACCAGGCUGAUCCUCGCAAGACUUUUUUGUACAAACUCAGUGAAAAGCCAGGGCUGCAGUACUUCAAGAAUGUUAUGCUGGUGGCAUCGCCUCAAGACCGAUAUGUUCCUUUUCACUCUGCCCGGAUUGAAAUGUGUAAAACUGCUCUGAAAGAUAGGCAGAUCGGUUGCGUUUAUACUGAGAUGAUUAACAACCUUCUUCGGCCAGUGACAGAGACCAGCGACUGCACCCUGAUCCGCUACGACAUUUUCCACGCAUUGCCAAACACUGCCAAUGCACUCAUUGGCCGGGCAGCUCACAUUGCCGUUCUUGACUCUGAACUGUUCCUGGAAAAGUUCCUUCUAGUGGCAGGGCUAAACUAUUUCAAAUAGCACUACUGCUUGACUCACGGUACCCGAGCGUCCUCGUGACAACAUUUACAGGUGCUUUCUUGUGGGAAAGCAUGGACUGAGUCGGUAUUGAUUCGUUUCUGCAUCAUCCAUGUAUUAACCCAUGCGAUCAAAAUGAUUGUGUUGUAAAUAGUACCAAAAGAAAUUUACACUUCAGAUUAAAUUUAUCUAAAACUGCUUUCCUGCCUUAAAUUCACAGAAAUUAUCACUAGGCUUUCUACGAAAAAUGACUUGAGUACGCAAUUUUAAUUUAUGUUCAUAUUUAUUUUUGAAGCGUCACAUCUAUCACCAUGUGGAAACAAACAUUUGUUAAUUGCUUCCCCUUGGAAUAAAAUGGUUUCUUAGACUAUACAUGUUAUAAGAUGAGUUCUAAUCACCUGCAUUGUGCUUGUGUCAGUUUACGCACAGAUUUCUCUGUAGAAGCCUUUCCUGUCACAGCUGCACAUUUUAAAGAGAGCUAUUUCAUGCAGAGUCAGGAGACAGAGGGAAUGAUGUGUGAAUAUAUUCACAAUUCUAAAUGCUUAUUAAUAGGAUUUGGAUGUCACCAAGUAGUGAGAAAAGACUAGCCAACAUCACACCACUAAUUAAUUAACAUUAUCUGUAGCCAGCCAUAACUAAGAAUAUGUGGCCAAUCUUUGCCACACUUUGUGACUUGAAAUUGGGGAGAAAAACUGUUCAUGAGCUCAGCAUGUCAGAAAUACCAGCCAUGAAGAAUGGAAUCUUAACCUAAUGAUGGACACUAUACUAUGUUUUAGCAUGAAUCACUCUUGGAAUAGGUAAAGCUUUUGUUUUGAAGGCUGCAUGAAGCAGAACUCUGUACUUUUUACUCUUUAUUUAUGGACCCAUGCUCGUCACAGAUCACUGAGUAAAAUUGACAUUUAACUGACAUGAUUACCCAUCCGCUCCUGCCCCUUUCAUCCCCUAACCUCCCAAAGGAUAAGGAAUUUUUUGGGAUAAGGAAUUUACUGGGAUUCUCAGCUUUGAAACCCGCUAAUAAUAGAGGCUUCAGCAAAGUCAUAUCAUCCAUCGCCCAAUGGGCGAAUCGUGUAGGUGGAAAUGGAAGGGAAUAAGGGUUGGAGAUAAUAGGCAAUUAAAGGAAAAGGGGAGGGUACCUAAUCACAAUCUGACAAAUCUGACAAAUGUUUAAAUCUUCCUUGUACAAAAACAAUCAAAGUAAAUUUACAACAUUUGAGUUCCUUUCUUCAACUAUAAAUUGUCUAAAUACACAAGUUGUUGAAGAAUUCUGAAUUAACUAUUGCAUUCCUGAAUUCUUCACAGCUGUCUCGCACCAUUAAAGUGAAUGGGGAAGCACUUCCUGUGUCAUUUCUAUCCUGGUGUCGAUAUUAAUUCAACUUUUCCAGUAUACAUCAAGUUUACACUCCAAAAGAGUAGAACAAGAAAGGCCUGCCAUUCAAGGCCAUCAUGUGUCCAUGCAGAAAAAAAAUAACAAAUGAAUGACCACAUCUCGUGAUCACAUGCAUUCAUGUGGGAAUUCCUAGGUUGUUGCAUAAGUUACUCUGGGGAAUGUGUAUAGUCUUCUGCAUGUAAAUGCAGAUAGUUCCCUGUAAAAUCUGGAUUGCUACAUUGCUAACUCUGUUGUUAUAAAAGCAGAAGGUCAGAAACAGGCUCAUGUGUCCAAAAUACCCAGUUUAUCUAUGAUGCAAAGUCAAGAUCUAACCGCUAAAAACAAAGUAGGUUAACUUACAAGACUGUAGUUUCAGAAAUAUUGAUAAUUUUUAAACUGUAAAAAAAAAGAAUCUUUAAGUGGAAACAAACUGACUUUGUUAAUUCAUAUUCAGAGAAGUGUUUAAAAAAGAAACUAGGUCACAGUAAGAGCAGGGACAUUGGCAAAGAUGUUGAGAAGAUUAAAGAGCAUUAUGUAGAAGGUAUGGAGAAGCAAGGAGGAGAAGGAUAUCACAGGCACUGAGUAUGUGGGGAAGUGUGAUUUAUCAAGAUAUAUUAAAAGUUUUGGCUUGUGGCUUAAUCCUCGGUCCAUGCUGCAAUUUAACUUUCUUGCAUUAACCUGCUAAAUCUAGCAAUCCUCACUUCCUUUCAGCCACUGGGUUUCCAAGCCUCAGGAAAUUUAAGCAUUUAAUAUUAAAGUGUGUGCACAAUCCUGUUAAAAUAAAUGAAUUAAGCCCCUUCCACCUCUCCAUCUACCAACCUCUCGGGAUUCAUUAAUUGCUCACCUGUUUCUAUGCAUGGGUUGAGGGAGACAAUUUUGUUUGUUUUUCUGCAUUUAUCUAAAUUCCUUUCCAAAAGAAAGGUAGUUGCUUUUGGGGUAGAGAGUAUAAAAUUCAUCACCUGAUUACACACUUCUGAAGAUCAACUGGCUGUUUAUCUACUCAUUACUGAACAUGAGACAUGUUGUGCAAAUUCAGUUGCAGGUUGGAUUUACAAAUUAAGUUGCUGAACAACUCAGAAUCUUGUUAUCAGAAAUGUAACAAGUAUGCUACUGUCUUAUGUAACAUUUCCAGCCCUCUGUUGUUCCUAGCAUGAAGAUCUUUGAAGGGCAAAGAUCGAAGAUUUACUCUGAAUCUAAAGUAUUAUUGGAGAAUUGAUUUUAAUGCUCAGUUUUGGUUGAAUUAUGUUGUGUUUGCGAUCUCUUUUAGUAAAUUGUCAAAGUGCCAUAUCCGAAAUCAGUGUUAUUUGUUAUUAAAUAUAUCCAUAUCAUGAUAGUGUACUGCCUAUAUGAACUGUUUAUCUUUCCAUAAUAAUUAAUAUUUAAAUUAAUAUAUAAUAGUAUGGUAAUAUUAAUCCUACAGUAUUUGAGAUUGUACAUGUAAGAACCAGUUUACUGAAUGUAAAAUCCAGUUUAUAACUUGCACAUUCAAAUGUGUUUUUUUUUUACUGAAAUGCCAGGGUAGCAAAUGAUGUGGACAUAAUAUAUACACAAAAAGAGUACAUUAUCUGGAUGGUAGUUACUUUGGACCCACCAUAUUUGUGUAUUAUAAGUCUGUGAUUAACUGAAGCUUGCAAUUAACAUUGAAAUAUAUCAUCCAACUGGGUAUUAAUUGUCAGUAAAAUACACAAAGUAUUUUCCUACUCACAAAGCAGGUCUGGUGCUGUUACAUUUUGCCUUUUGUCCAGCUCCCAUUCUUUUCCAGCAUAAAAUUUCAAUUCUGCUUCGUCAGAAUCAGGUUUAUUAUCACUGACAUGUGUCAUGAAAUUUGUUGUCGUGCGGCAACAGUGCAAUAGAUAAAACAUGGCUGUAAGUUACAAUGAUAUAUAUAAAAAAUAAAUACACAGUGCAAAAAGAGAGUAACAUAAUGAGUUGGUGCUCAUGGGCCAUUCCGAAAUCUGAUGGUCGCGGGGAAGAUGUUGUUCCUAAAAAGUUCAUUUUCAAGAUCAGGAAGAAAUACUGGAAAUCUGAAGUGUAAGCUACUGAAUGAGUUGAUCAGCAUCUGAAGGGGAAUUAACACAAAGGUUAACUUUUAUCUUUACGUAUUCAAGAUUAAUCUGCCAGACUGCAUAGACCACACAUUAUAGUAUGUCUGAAUUCAGUUUAAUAAAUACAGGUAAUGGUGUAUUAUAAAAUUCAUUCUACCAGAACUAUGACUUUAGAAAGUUUACCGAAGUAUUUCUGGUAGCUUCCUUGCAAAAUUUCCUUCAUAUUCUAACCAAUCUAUUGAAGGUCUGAUCAACAGGCUGCUUUGUCUUUGGCACAAAUUUAAUGUAAUUAUCUUUCUAUUACUUUAGUUUUUGAAUUUCUACUUCUUUGAGAUGAUAUAUUGCCAUUAACCAUUCUUUCUAAGGGAGCUUCCCAUUAGAUGGUAUUCCUACAUACUGUUCUUCCUGGCUAAAACAUGAUGUUAAGCUUCAUUCUCUAUUCCCAAUACAGCUAUUAUCGUAGUGUGCACUAUUAUUUAAAAUGAUACUCCGAAUACAAGAACCCAUUUCCCGAGGUAGAAAUGCCCCCAGUUAGUGGAUUCUUUAACCUAGAUGUUGUGAACUCAUUCAUGCACAAGGAGAAUUUUUCAACAAUUUUAUGUGGAUGGCAGAAAAUCUUUAGUGUGUCAAAAAGCAAAUCACUUGCCACAGACACUGAUUUUCUUUUGCAUUUUCAUUAUUUCUGCAGCUAGUCCAGUAAUGUUCCACCCACCAAUCCUUCAUCUUCAGGUCGUUGAUGGUUCAGGACCUGAUUAUUGUAAUGCAAUCGAAUGUCAAGGACAGCCUUAGAGAUGCCCAUUGCUGAGUGUGUGUGGUUAUUUCAAUUUCAAACCAUUAUGAGGAGUAGUGGCUGCAUUUAACGUUCUUUUCUGCCUGUCAAUUUGUAUUGAUUUUUUUUUGUGUGUGGGUGUCGCGGUUAAAGACACAAUCAACCGGGCUAUUUACUAAAUCCAACGGCAAGAAGGAGCUCAGUGAGCUGCCUCACGUUUGACAUGGCAAGGUCAUUGAAGCAUUGUUGCCUGAUGGGCUACAUAUUUUGUUGUCCCAAAUUGGUUGUGAGCAUUGCUGGAUUCACUGAAACUGCAGCGUCAACCUCUCUGUAAGGUCUCAGAAUUUCUGACUUCUUACAUGGACUGGUUACCCUCCUGUCAGAAUGGUGUUAAGUUGUGCAGCAGACCCAUUACUUGAGGGUUUAAGAAUAUAUCUGGGAUUAUACUCAUAAAUAGAGCAUAAAGGGAUCUGCAGCUUCCCCUGUUUUAUACAAUGUCAAUAUCAACAAAGCAAUAUUCAUUAACUAUAGUGAAGGCUAGCAAGAUUUAUCUGCAUAUUCAAUAAAAUGAAAAAAGUCAUAAAGAGGCUUUUAAUGCAUUCUUAUUUAACACUUUAAACCAAUUAAUGUUAGCAUUUAUUGCUUUAUAAUGAUGUUUUUAACAUUUCAUUGGAGCAAUUACAAAUUAUCUCAUGCCUCUUUGGGCCUUUGUCACACUUUGACAUUUUGCCACAUGUUGAAAUUACAUCUUGAAAUUUCAUUAGCCUUGUCACUAAGCAGACAGGAUGUGCACUUUACAAAAACCAGCAAUCCUGGUUCAAAUUUGAGUAAAUUGAAUGAGACAUGAACUCUCAACCCAUUUCAAAUUUGGAAACAAUAAGUGAGCUUUUCACAAUUUCACAUAUGAUCUACAAUAACCCAAAUACGUUGUGCUGGGUCACAGGUGAAUCUGUGAUUAAAUUAUUACCAGAGACAUUCAUCUAUUAGAUAGCAGCUUUUCAUUUUAAUCUUCCUAAUCAAAGGCUUCACAUUACAUGGACCAACAGACUGGAUUUUGUUAUUCUUUUCAUUUAUAUCUUGUUAUCUCCUACAGAUCCCAUUACAUAGCCGAUGACAAAUGGUAGCCCGCUCUUUCUUAUCCAGUGUUUCCCUCUUCUGCCUACUGCAGCAUAUGUGUUUCUUCUCUAAAUUGUCCAUUGUAUCUUCUAAUCCCAUAAUUCACCAUUUUGUACAAUUUUCCCUAUGUUCAAGUUAUGAAAUCAGCCAUAUCAAAAAUUGCAACAGCUCAAAAUUGUCAAACUUUAUAUACUUAAAUUUCACUUUCACUUGUAACUUCCAAGUUGCAAAAGGAAGCUUCUUAUUAUCUUCAUCUUUCCUCACCCUAUUCUCUUUAAACUUGCCUGGUGCCCAUUUUGCCUGUAUUCUUAAUCAUCACAUAAAUGAGUCUUAUUGUCAGUCUAAAAGUUAAUUAUGCCUGGACUUUCCCUUUCAACUAAAGAGGCUAAGCAUUUUUUCAAACUACAUAAAAGUAUUUGAGCACACCACAGGUCAGGAAUGAAACUCUCACUCAGCAGGAAAUUCUUCAUAAUGGAGAGCAGGUCAAUGAGAACAUGAAAUUGUAAUAUUCUGAGCAAGACAGUUUACAAAAAGAAAUUAAUGAUUAAUAUAUUUGUUUUCAAGUCCAGAUGCUAUUUAACCUUUCCUCUUAAUUCUGGGUUUAAAUUCAGAUUUCCAAUAUUCGCACCUCUUUUUUUGAUUCAGGAUUUACAGAUAUUGACUUGGCUCUGUAACAUGUCAAAAGUGCUAUCACUAGCAAAGCCAUCUAUACUUCCCAGAAUCCUACCCUUAAUAUUAAAGGUGCAUUGUGUGCAGAGAACCAUAUUAGCAAUCUACAAGCAACUAGCAUUUUGAAAUUCUGCCAAAACCAUAUCCAAUCAUCUUAAUGGUAAUUGAUCAUUUUGGAGCAAGCACCACAACUGAUUGAUUUAACAGAUUGGAUAAAAAGCAAGGUGGGGUGUUCAGUCUUUGAGAAUUUCCUUGGAGUUGCGGGCAGAAUAGGUGUAUGUAAUUCAUAUCAUUCAAGUGAAGUAAUGCGGGAGUAGCACCAAGGAAUUUCCAGUCCUUUAUUCAUGUAAAUGGAAGCAUUGGUUUAUUGUAUACACUGAUGUCAAUGCAAGAUGGAAAUCUAUUUAUUUUGAGUAAAACUGUACAGAAUGGAUAAUCAUCAAUACCAAUAUGAUUCUACUAUUUUUCUACAUUUGCUUUUGCAUCAUUCGUGGUGGCUUGUGUUCUGUGUACAAAUUGAAUAAAGU